GCUCCGAGGAGACGGCGGGCGGCACUAGGGGGAGCUGCUGGCGACGCCGCCGCGCCGGCCCCCCACGCCCGCGGCCCCGAGCGCCGCCUCCCCAGCCCGCGCCGCCGCGAUGGCGGAGGACAGCGAGUCUGCGGCCAGCCAGCAGAGCCUGGAGCUGGACGACCAGGACACGUGCGGGAUAGACGGGGACAAUGAGGAGGAGACGGAGCACGCCAAAGGAAGUCCCGGAGCAGACUUGGGUGCCAAAAAGAAAAAGAAGAAGCAGAAGCGAAAAAAGGAGAAACCAAGUUCCGGAGGCACCAAGUCAGACUCGGCAUCUGAUUCCCAGGAGAUUAAAAUCCAGCAGCCUUCAAAAAAUCCCACCAUUCCAAUGCAGAAGUUGCAGGAUAUCCAGAGAGCAAUGGAGCUGUUGUCCGCAUGCCAGGGCCCCGCCAGGAACAUUGAUGAGGCUGCCAAACACAGAUACCAGUUUUGGGACACCCAGCCGGUACCCAAAUUAAAUGAAGUGAUAACCUCGCACGGUGCCAUCGAAGCGGAUAAGGACAACGUGCGCCGGGAGCCGUAUUCCCUGCCGCAGGGUUUCAUGUGGGACACUUUAGAUCUGGGUAAUGCCGACGUGCUCAAGGAGUUGUACACGCUGUUAAAUGAGAACUACGUGGAAGACGAGGAGAGCAUGUUCCGGUUCGACUACUCGCCCGAGUUCCUGCUCUGGGCUCUGCGUCCCCCAGGCUGGCUCCUUCAGUGGCACUGUGGGGUCAGAGUGUCUUCGAACAAAAAGCUAGUGGGGUUCAUCAGUGCCAUCCCGGCAAACAUUCGGAUUUAUGACAGUGUGAAGAAGAUGGUAGAAAUCAACUUUCUUUGUGUUCAUAAGAAAUUGAGAUCAAAGCGGGUAGCCCCAGUGUUAAUUCGAGAAAUAACCAGAAGAGUAAACCUGGAAGGUAUUUUUCAGGCCGUUUAUACCGCUGGAGUGGUUCUUCCCAAGCCAGUGGCCACAUGCAGAUACUGGCAUCGAUCGCUAAACCCCAGAAAAUUGGUAGAAGUGAAAUUUUCUCACUUGAGUAGAAAUAUGACUUUACAGAGAACAAUGAAGCUCUACAGACUUCCGGAUGCCACCAAGACUUCAGGCUUGAGGCCAAUGGAACCGAGAGACAUCAAGGCGGUUCGCGACUUAACCAACACUUACCUGAAGCAGUUUCAUCUCGCCCCGGUGAUGGAUGAAGAGGACGUAGCUCACUGGUUCCUCCCCCAGGAGCACAUUAUCGACACGUUUGUAGUGGAGAACUCCAGUGGUAAACUAACUGACUUCCUGAGCUUCUACACACUCCCCUCCACAGUCAUGCACCACCCUGCUCACAAGAGCCUCAAAGCUGCCUACUCCUUCUACAACAUUCACACCGAGACGCCCCUGCUGGACCUCAUGAGUGACGCACUCAUUAUAGCCAAGCUGAAAGGAUUUGAUGUAUUCAAUGCACUAGAUUUGAUGGAAAAUAAGACCUUCUUGGAAAAACUCAAGUUUGGCAUAGGAGAUGGCAAUUUGCAGUAUUAUCUGUACAAUUGGAGAUGUCCAGGAACAGAAUCUGAAAAGGUUGGACUAGUAUUACAAUAGAUGGAUAUUUCUAUUUCUAGAACUCUGGCAUCAUCAUUUGUUAAUAUUCUAUUUAAUGAUUCCUGGAACUGCCAUUCCAAAGAAGAAAAAAAUAAAAGCACAACUUCGGCAAAAUCGAUGUCGUCGGUAACAAUCAGAAAAGAUGAAAACACACCCAUACAUGACCAAUAGUACAUCUUUCUAGCUAGAAUGUUAACAUUCUUUUUUUCCACUGUUCACCUAUUUGUAGGAGGGAUGAAAGGGUACAAAGAGCACAUUCCUCGAAUUGUCAGACUUUUGGCUGUCUCCUGAUGAAGAGAAGGGAUUUUUCCUCUCUGUAGAAAAGGGACUGUUUUUCUAUGGACUGAACAGAAGUCACGGAAUUGCGUAAGCAAAUCUUUGCUGUUGUGUGGAGAUGAACUGCUGCAUUUCUUUGAUUAAGUGUUGGUCUGUUUGUCCAUGUAACAGAAUGAAGGAUCCAUCUGGCAAAUCGGUACUUCCCCACCUUGCACAGUGUGAUUGAGAGGGUUUAUGGAACCGGGACAUGUGUAACUCAGUGAGGAGUGGGGGGUGUCUAAGUAUAUAGUGAGAUCAAAAUGUACCGGGGACUAGUAAGUACAUUUAUUUCUCCAGGAGCAGAGUCGCCAAAUAAGUAAACACAUAGAUUUGUACUCUGAUCUUCAACAGGUCAGUGGAUUGGUUUCAGAAGCAAAGUUUUGUGCAAACACGGCCUCUGUGAGUCUACACCCAUGGCUGACUAGACUUUGCUGCUGCUGCACAUACUCGCUUCUUCUCGGCAGCAACAAGAGAUGUGAGGCAAAGAAAAUAAAAGCUCUAAAGCCAAAA